CCCGCCCGCCACCGCCGCGAACAUGGCCGCACGCCCGGCCUCCCCCCUCGCCUGGGCGCUGCUGCUCCUCUGGUGGGCUCUGCUCCGCGGCGGCUGCCGGGCGCGCUUCGCUGCCGAGCCGGACUCCGAGGACGACGAAGAGGAGGUGGUAGUCUUCCCGGAGUCGCCCCUGCAGAGACCCACGGUGCUGGUGGUCGUCCUCGCGCGCAACGCUGCGCACACGCUGCCUCACUUCCUCGGCUGCCUGGAGCGGCUGGACUACCCCAAGAGCAGGAUGGCCAUCUGGGCAGCCACUGAUCACAAUGUGGAUAAUACAACAGAAAUACUCAGGGAGUGGCUGAAAAAUGUCCAGAGAGCCUAUCACUACGUGGAGUGGAGGCCUAUGGACGAGCCUGAAUCUUACCCUGAUGAAAUUGGACCAAAGCACUGGCCUGGCUCCCGUUUUGGCCACGUGAUGAAACUACGACAGGCAGCCCUUCGAACUGCGAGGGAAAAAUGGUCAGACUACAUUCUGUUCAUAGAUGUUGACAACUUCCUGACUAAUCCACAGACCCUCAAUCUAUUGAUUGCAGAAAACAAAACCAUUGUAGCCCCCAUGCUGGAAUCUCGGGGCCUGUACUCUAAUUUCUGGUGCGGAAUCACACCUCAGGGCUUCUAUAAACGGACCCCAGACUAUCUUCAGAUCAGAGAAUGGAAGAGGUUGGGCUGCUUUCCGGUCCCCAUGGUCCACUCCACAUUCCUAAUUGACCUCAGGAAGGAAGCCUCUGACAAGCUGAUGUUCUAUCCCCCACAUCAGGACUACACCUGGACAUUUGAUGACAUCAUUGUCUUUGCCUUCUCCAGCAGGCAAGCAGGCAUCCAGAUGUACCUCUGCAACAGAGAGCACUACGGCUACCUGCCCAUCCCCCUGAAGCCCCAUCAGACACUGCAGGAGGACAUUGAGAACCUCAUCCAUGUGCAGAUAGAAGCAAUGAUUGACCAUCCUCCAAUGGAACCUUCCCAGUUCGUCUCAGUUGUCCCUAAAUACCCAGACAAGAUGGGAUUCGAUGAGAUUUUCAUGAUAAACCUCAAGCGCAGAAAGGACAGGCGGGACCGGAUGUUACGCACCCUGUAUGAACAGGAGAUUGAGGUCAAGAUUGUCGAGGCUGUGGAUGGAAAGGCACUCAACACAAGCCAGCUGAAGGCCCUGAAUAUCGAAAUGCUGCCUGGAUAUCGAGAUCCCUACUCCUCUAGGCCUCUAACCAGGGGUGAAAUUGGCUGCUUCCUUAGCCACUACUCUGUGUGGAAAGAGGUAAUCAACCGAGAGCUAGAGAAGACUCUUGUCAUUGAGGAUGAUGUGCGUUUUGAACAUCAGUUUAAGAAGAAGUUGAUGAAGCUGAUGGAUGACAUUGAUCGAGUUCAGCUGGACUGGGAAUUAAUUUAUAUUGGUAGGAAGAGGAUGCAAGUAAAAGAGCCAGAGAAAGCUGUGCCCAAUGUGGUAAAUCUGGUUGAAGCUGACUAUUCCUACUGGACACUGGGCUAUGUCAUCUCUCUGGAAGGAGCACAGAAGCUGGUUGGAGCCAAUCCUUUCGGGAAGAUGCUACCAGUGGAUGAGUUUCUGCCAAUCAUGUACAACAAGCAUCCUGUUGCUGAGUACAUGGAGCAUUACGAAUCCAGGGACUUGAAAGCCUUUUCCGCAGAGCCCUUGCUCAUCUACCCGACGCACUACACAGGCCAGCCGGGGUAUCUGAGUGACACAGAGACCUCAACCAUCUGGGACAAUGAGACAGUGGCCACUGACUGGGACAGGACACAUGCCUGGAAGUCCCGGAAGCAACGUCAAAUCUACCGCAAUGCCAAGAACACAGAGGCCCUGCCGCCACCAACCUCCCUAGACACUGUGCCUUCAAGAGAUGAGCUAUGAAGGCUCCACAGGGAGUUUACUUCCUUUGGUUUUCCUAAUGGGCUGUUCAUUUGUUUGCUCUAGUUUCUUUUCGUGGUCACAAUCAUCUAACCAAAGUGGUCUAAUGUGAUUGAUCAAAAUUAAUAUAUUUUUGACAGGGGAAGAGAAUAGGGAAACUAAACCCAAAUUUCCUAGACGGCUAGAAGAGAGGCUUUAAUGGCAACCAUUAGGACAAACUUCAGUCCAGGCCCCUUGUCCCUCAGUUCAUUACCCAUAUGAUACUGGUUCCUGCAUUAAGGUUGAACAGCAUGGCUCAGAAACUCGUCCAAGGGAAAGG